UUCAAAGCCGACUUCACGCUUGCUAAGUGCUUAAUGUAUCGAUCCACCCUCCCUUCAACAUUCUCUGCUCUCCCUCUCGGUUGCUGAGCCUCUCGCCGGAUUUCUCCCCUCUGGUCCCUCCAAUGCCGAUCAAAUCCACGCCGGAAACCUGAUACGCUGCUUUCUCUCUUUCUCUCCACGUCUCACUGCUGAGAGCGUCAGAACGCCGCGCGAGGACGAAAGUGCGAGGAGACGCACUGAAAGUGUGUUGCAGAGACUGAGCUCCACGUGAAGCAUUACCGACCGCUCGCCACUCCCGAAAUCUCUUAUAGGCAUUCACGGUUUCCCUGCUUUUCGUGCUUCGUUCCCAGACAUUCUCUUUCUUGCUUGCCUGUUUGUGAGGUCUCGAUUUCCGUCCAUCUCAAGUUCGAUCCGUUUUACGGUUCCGGAUACAUUGAUUGUUCCUUUCGGAGAAAUCCUUCUUUCGUCCGUUUGUGUUUGGUCUAGUUCGAGUUUCCGGACUUGAAGCCUUUCUCCACUAACCAGCAGAUUAUUGAAGUUUUCGCCCAUUGGAAAAUCUCCUUUUCUGCGGAUAAUCAUCAAUUUACUUCCUAUCACGCUCUCAUUCUGCUAUUUGGUCGAAACGAGAGCAUCACAGCCUCUUCCUCCCAUACUGAAACACUUGGAUCUUCAAGUCUCGUCUUAAUAUGCGUUUUUCCUCUAAGGAUUCUAUUUUAAAGCGCGCUAUGUCGAAGCAUGUAUCAGUAUUACUGCUAUAGCUAGCGGUUUUAUUGCAGGUCGUGAUGGAGAUCUGACGGACAUCUCAACUCAGAUGAGAAACUGUGCUGGUAGGCAAGCCGGAGUUUCAGUUAAUAGUUAAUACAUGGAAAAGGGACAUUAAAAGGACUGGCUCUUUUUCAACCAGCAAGCAGGAGAAAUUGCGUUAAAUGAACAGCGGCGCCAAAGAAAGCGUAAAGCAAAAGGUGCAACAAUCAAGCUAAACAGGAUAAAUGAGACCAGCCAACGCAUAGAGGAGCUUCCAUAGAGUUUUUCUGUUCUCUUGCCCGAUGCCUGCUGGUCAAAUGAAAGACCCCCAUGAAAAACAUGUGGUUUCCAGGAAACCUCUUCAGAAUUCCAUGAAUCAGCAGAAGCCCCCACCGCAGAUGUUAAAGAAUUGUUCAGUUUGCUUGCAAGAUCAAAAGAAGAAUAUAGGAAGGAGAAGGGGAAAGGGGAGGGGGAAAGCUGCCCAAGUGGAGAGACCAAAGCAAGUAGAUCUUAAUCUUGAUGUGGGACCUCCAGUUUCAACCAAAGGUAUUGUAUUCCAUCGCCGACCUGGCUAUGGUCUGGUGGGUACGAAGUGUAUUGUUAAAGCGAACCAUUUCCUGGCGGAGUUACCGGACAAGGAUUUGAAUCAGUACGAUGUUACUAUAACCCCUGAAGUGGUUUCACGUCGCGUGAACAGAGCUAUCAUGGCACAGUUGGUGAAGCUUUAUAGAGAGACUGAUCUUGGUAUGAGGCUACCUGCAUAUGAUGGAAGCAAGAGCCUUUACACGGCUGGAUUGCUGCCUUUUACUUCAAAAGAGUUCAUAGUAACUUUGGUCGAUGAAGAUGAUGAGCUAGGAAUUACAAGGGAACGAGAAUUUAAGGUGCAAAUCAAAUUUGUAGCUCGUGCAGACAUGCACCAUUUACAUCAAUUUCUUGCUGGAAAACAAGUUGAUACUCCUCAAGAUGCUCUUCAGAUCCUUGAUAUUGUCUUGAGGGAAGUCUCCAGCCAAAGGUACAUAUCAAUUGGAAGAUCCUUUUAUUCUCCUGACAUUAGAAAACCACAACAUCUAGGCAAUGGGCUACAAUCAUGGUGUGGGUUUUACCAGAGUAUUAGACCAACACAGAUGGGGCUGUCUCUGAAUAUUGACAUGUCAUCGACCGCUUUCAUUGAACCAUUGCCUGUGGUUGAAUUUGUUACUCAAAUUUUGGGAAAAGAUGCAUUGUCAAGGCCUUUUUCUGAUGCUGAUCGAAUUAAGGUUAAGAAGGCCCUUAGAGGUGUCAAAGUUGAAGUUACUCACAGAGGAAAUGUACGAAGAAAGUACCGUGUUUCGGGGUUGACAUCACAACCUACAAGAGAACUAAUUUUUCCAGUUGAUGAGCAAAUGAAUAUGAAAUCAGUUGUUGAAUACUUUCAAGAGAUGUAUGGGUUUACCAUUCAACAUACCCAUCUUCCUUGCCUUCAAGUUGGAAACCAGAGGAAGGCAAAUUAUUUGCCAAUGGAGGCUUGCAAGAUUGUUGAGGGACAGAGAUACACCAAGAGGUUGAAUGACAAGCAGAUAACUUCCUUGCUAAAGGUUACAUGCCAGAGACCACGGGAACAGGAAAUGGACAUUUUGCAGACUGUUCACCAAAAUGGAUACAAGCAAAAUCCCUAUGCAAAGGAGUUUGGUAUUAGCAUUACUGAUGAACUUGCAUCUGUUGAAGCUCGAGUUCUUCCUGCCCCAUGGCUGAAAUAUCAUGAUUCUGGGAAAGAAAAAGAUUGUUUGCCUCAGGUUGGUCAAUGGAAUAUGAUGAACAAGAAAAUGAUAAAUGGAAGCACUGUAAAAUAUUGGGCUUGUAUCAACUUUUCAAGAAGUGUUCAAGAAAGCACUGUCCAUACUUUUUGUCAGGAGCUGGCACAGAUGUGCCAAGUCUCCGGUAUGGAAUUCAACCGUGAACCUGUGAUUCCAGUCCAUUCAGCAAGAUCUGACCAAGUAGAGAAAGCCUUGAAAUAUGUAUAUAAUGCAGCAAUGAACAAACUUAAGGGGAAAGAGUUAGAACUACUUAUUGCCAUUCUCCCUGACAAUAAUGGUUCUCUUUAUGGUGACUUAAAGAGAAUUUGCGAAACGGGUUUGGGGUUGAUAUCCCAAUGCUGUCUAACAAAGCAUGUCUUUAAGAUUAGCAAACAGUACCUGGCAAAUUUGUCACUUAAAAUCAAUGUUAAGAUGGGAGGAAGAAAUACUGUGCUUUUAGAUGCUCUGAGUUGGAGAAUUCCUUUGGUCAGUGACAUCCCCACAAUUAUAUUUGGUGCGGAUGUAACUCAUCCAGAGAAUGGAGAGGAUUCUAGUCCAUCAAUUGCUGCUGUUGUAGCCUCUCAAGACUGGCCCGAGGUUACAAAAUACGCUGGGCUAGUGUGUGCUCAAGCUCAUCGACAAGAGCUUAUUCAGGACUUGUUUAAAACUUGGAAUGAUCCUCAACGGGGAAUUGUCACUGGGGGCAUGAUCAGGGAGCUUUUGAUUUCCUUCAGGAAGGCAACUGGACAAAAGCCAUUGAGGAUAAUAUUUUACAGAGAUGGUGUCAGUGAAGGACAAUUCUAUCAGGUUCUAUUAUUUGAAUUAGAUGCUAUCCGUAAGGCUUGUGCAUCCUUGGAACCAAAUUACCAACCUCCUGUUACAUUUGUGGUGGUCCAAAAACGUCAUCACACAAGGCUGUUUGCCAACAAUCACAAAGAUAGGAGUAGCAUUGAUAAGAGUGGAAAUAUCUUACCUGGUACAGUGGUGGAUUCUAAAAUAUGUCACCCUUCGGAGUUUGACUUCUAUCUUUGCAGUCAUGCUGGAAUCCAGGGGACAAGUCGACCAGCUCAUUAUCAUGUCCUCUGGGAUGAAAACAAUUUUACUGCAGAUGAGAUACAAUCACUUACCAACAAUCUCUGCUACACGUAUGCACGGUGCACCAGGUCUGUUUCAGUGGUGCCUCCUGCUUACUAUGCCCAUCUGGCUGCAUUUCGAGCUCGGUUUUACAUGGAACCAGAGGUGUCUGAGAAUCCUAUGUCACGAGGUACACAAUCGGUGAAUGGAUCAUGCGUUCGCCCUCUACCUGCUUUGAAAGAGAAGGUGAAAAAGGUGAUGUUUUAUUGUUAGAAGGGGAAAAGGAAAAGAGUAGAAAAAAAAGAUGUUGUACAUGAAUGUUGUAUUCAUAUUGUAGAGUGUAUUACAGUGAGGUUUUUGUUUUGUUCAAUGUAAUAUCUGAUCCUAUUGUUUGGCUAGUGUUCUGAAAUAUUAAUGCUUCUGGUCUGGUGCUCAUAUUUCUGGUCA